AUGGCAACUAUAAUUCUAUGUAUUGGAAGCGCCGAAGACCCCCACAUCCAAGAAGUGGAAAAAAAUGUUAAAUUGCUUGACAAUGAGGCUCGAAUUGUUCUUUUCAAUCCACUCUGUGGCGGUCAUUUUAUCGAAAUAACUGUCGAUACUUCGUGUGAGUUAAGCUCUAGCUGUCUUAUAGUUGUGGAUGGCGAACGAAUCCCUGCUGAGUCGAUCAAAUCCGUUUGGUACCGUUGGAAGCCUGCCGUCCUUUCCGCUAAUGAAGACCUCCAGGGUAUGGUUCUGUUCUAGUUAAAAAAAAUACACUCGCAUUUUUCGCCGUUCACUAGUUUUAUAGGCCAAUUUAACGAAACGUUUGGUAAUUUUAGUUGUCGCGAAAUUAUGCGCGCUCACUUGAAUUUCUGGUUAUCCCAGUUCUUUUAUGCUGUUUCGUGAAAUUAAAUCACAAACGAAAACGACAACACAGUCAGUUUUUCGUAUAGUACUGGCGAACGUUUCGUUAUAGCGCGCAGCGGAGCACCUUGAGUGAGAAAAAAUGGCAGCCUAUAGACGCGAGAAAAUUUGGUAAUCACGUGACCGCCCGUCUGUCCGUCCGUCCGUACGUCUGUCCACCCCCUACAUGUAAGCCGAUGUCAAGUGACUGUCUCAUUUAGUACUACUACAAUGACGUGGAUAACAGAGAAGGAGAUCGAGCGAGAGAUGAAAAAAAGGAAACGAAUUUCAUUGAAAGAAAAACAUGAAAAUUUUACACCUGCGAUUAAAGUAUGAGAAAUUCUAGCAGCUGACAAGGUAAAAAUGAGCGGCAGUGAAAAAAAGGCAAAGAGAAACAUAUAAAACAUUUCCUCUAUAAAAGGUAUACUAGAAAGUUUAACACAGCGUUGUAUUCGUGCAAAACAACGGCAAGGAAAUGUACAAAAAAGGUGCUGCACGUGCAAUACAAAGUUGUUUUUUUUUGCUGCUUUUUAGAUCGAUUACUUUCUUUUCCGUUUUCUUUUCCGUCGUCGCCCAUUGCACGGUAUUGGCUUUUGCUUGAGUAAACUAUAAGUAUAAUAACGAGAGCUUCACUUUUAAAUUCUAAAUUUAUAUAUCAAUUCAGUAGAAGAAAUUUAUGUAAUCAGAGAAAAGUCUGGUACAGUCGACUUUUUCUAUACUUCGGUUUAUUUUCGAAGAAGACACAUUUGAAUUUUACAAAAUGUAAAACGUAAGCUAACAAUUAAAUAACUUCACAUCGUGUUAUGCUUGAAGUUAUGGUUGCAAUAAUUAUUCUUUGCUGUACAAUCCUAAUCCUAAAGGUCUCAUUGCCAAAGACUUUGUCCUGAAAGAAUGGAAAUCGGUAGUUCGUUCUCUAGAGGCAUUCCUCCCGCAUGCGCAAUGGCUGAACACCGUAGCCGUCACUGAACUGCUGAACAGCAAGCCAUUUCAGUUACAACUCGCGCAGAAAGUUGGGCUGACUGUCCCAAAGACAACAAUCACAAACAACCCGGAAGCAGUGAAAGAAUUAUUCGACAAAGUGGAAAACGGACGCGUUAUAUUCAAAAGUCUAACUCCUCUCUUCCUGCCGCCAGACAAGCUUCUUUACACUACGGAGAUAACUAGAGAAUUUCCAUCGCAUUCCCAUGAUAGCAUUGCCCAGUCUCCAGCUAUUUAUCAGGAGCUGGUGGAGAGAAGAUCAGACUUGCGCAUCACUGUUGUUGGAUGUGAAGUGUUUGUAGCUCGCAUUGCCUCGCAGAUCCUGGAAACGGAAAAGGAUCGCUUAGAUUGGAGACGAUGCCAGGAUAAAGAAGAACUUUAUAGUGAAGUACAGGUGAAAAUGUUUUUCUCAUCAUUUAAGGGUCAGCAUCGACUACAACCUCGUUCCCAGAAUCCUCUCAUAAGAGCCGAGUAGGAAACGACCCUGGGGAUGAGGUUGCACUACCUAGUUUUAGAACCAAUUGUCACUCCAAUAAACAGUGACCUGAUAAUACUCAUUUUGCAAGACGAUACAUACACAACCUCGUCCCCACGGCGCUUUCCCGCUUUUUCCAAAGCCAGGGAAAAGCGCCGUGGAAACGAGGUUGAUACAUACAAAAUACUUUGAAAAAAAAAAAUAUUUGGCUAAGAACGAGAAAAAGAGGGGUGGAUUUCUGAACCUUUACAAAAGAGAACAUUUCUUCCUUUUAUAUUUAGAAAGUUGAGCAUUCUGUUAGCUGUGGGCUUUUCUGGUGUUUCCUCUAAAACCAUUGUACACCUAAAUGACGAGAAGGGAGCUUGUUUCUCCGACGCAAACCCAAUUUGUUUUUUUCCCUGGCAGAUAUCGGAGGAACUCAAAGAGCGGCUGUUGGAAUUUCACAGAAAAGCCGGUCUGGGAUUUGGUGCUUACGACUUCUUGGAACGCGGUGAUGACGUCAUAUUUCUGGAGUGUAAUCCGGGAGGAGCCUGGCUCUGGUUAGAACAAAAUCUUGGUCUUAAAGUCUCCGAACAGGUCGCGAAAUGUCUUUUGGGUAUCAAUGAAACAAAGUCGUCUUGA